AUUUUUCUUUUUAUAUUUCAGAAUUUCCUCACUCAAUAUGGGUACAUAUCAUCCUGGCGUAGUGGCAACCAUGAUUUCUCGACAGCCAUCCGCAAGUUUCAGGAAUUCUCUGGUCUAAAAAUCAGCGGUAUUUUGGACUCUUCAACUGUUAAUCUUAUGAAAAAGCCUCGAUGUGGUGUUCCUGAUGUAAGUGAAGGAGGCCGUUUCCGAAGAUAUGUUACUGGAGGUAAAUGGUCAAAGACUCAUUUGACAUAUUACGUGCAGCCAGGGCAAGACCUACCUCAAGUGAGUAUAGAAAACCAUUGUAAAAAUUGAAGAUAAGAGAUAUGGGCUCGAAUAUAGGCCAUUUAUUAUCGUCGUCUCUACUGUCAUCAUCAUCUAAUUACAAUCAUUAUCGUUUGCAAAUAUAACCACACGUCUGUCUUGUAAGACACAUGCAAGCAGCAUUCGAAAAUUAGCAAUUACUUGCUAAUAGCAAAGGCACGAGACGUUCUGUUUGCCCCAUGCGAGGGGGUGCAAGAAAUUGGAUUCUGAAUUCCAAACCGUGCAUUCCAGAUUGCAUGUACUGGACACCAGAAUUUGUCAGUGGAACUUGGAUUCUGAAUUCUAAUCUUAAGUGGGAUUCCGGAUUGCACAAGCAAAAAGUUUCCCGAUUACCUUGCAAGGGCGAAUCUGUCCAUAUACAAAUUGUUAUUAAAUUAAUGCUGAUGGAAGCAAGGGCUACCGAUAGCCGACAUAUUAAAGGAUUUUACAAUGGUUGUUUCUACGUAAAGUUAUAUUGAUCCAUAGUAAGGGAUGUAUUAAUCAUAUGGUGCAAAAAUUGACCUCGAAUCUGUGAUUUAACAUUGUUCUCAUAAAUUUGUGCACAGGAUUUGCAAAGGAAGAUAUUUGGCGACGCCUUGCAGUUCUGGGCUGAUGUGUCUGGACUAACUUUUAGUGAAGUUAGCAGUGCGAGAAGUGCUGACAUUAAAAUCAGGUAAAACACCUUUUCAAAACGAUUACACAGAAAGAAAUAUCCCUACAAGGUGCUAAACAACAUUAACUAAGAAGCCAUACAUACACUGUAAAACGCUAAGUGGCUAUUCCCCUGGUGAGUUAGUUGUAUGUUGUUGUCAGUGUAUAUUUUUCAAUAGUUGGGGUAUGAGCUUCUAUAUUAUUAAGGUGGCUGAACACAGUUUUGGCAGUUUGUGAGUAUAUGUCAUUUGCCAAAUCAUGGCAAGAGAAAGGUUCCAGCUCACAAACUGAAAUUUGGCAAGUGAAAAAUAUGCUGACGAAAAGAUUUUGAUUGACAGGUAGAAUUUGACGUUUCCGUAGUUUCCAUGGCAACAUGAACGAUUGAGUACAACCUUAAAAUUUCACUUUUGUUCAGUUUACAUAAAAUUCGCUAAUUACAUUUUGUAUAAACUUGCACACAGCUUACUAUAAUUAAUUAUUACCAUUUGAAACUUAUUUGACCAAAUUUUAACAGACAGGUUUUUAGCUAAUCAAUAAUAUAAUGGUAUUGUACUUAAUAAAUGUGUCACAAAAUUCGUCUGUUCAACUUUCAUUUUAAAGUUCUCAUUAUUUAAAAUACGAUAAAAGUAAAACUUCUGCCAAAAAUCAAAAUUUUAAUGAGUAGAUUUUGAGAAAUCGCCUUCUGUGUACCAUUGCUUUUUUCGCCACCACGUUUGUUUGUCUAAUUUAAAACACGCUCCGUCACGCGAGUUACCGCUGACCGCCCAAUAAAACUUUGUACAGCCACCUUAAUUGUACUGCAAAGCUAGUAAAAUAAAGAAGCAGGGUGGAUUUUUUUAUUCUGCCAGAGAAAUGUGCACUCAUUGGUCAUGUGUGUGCCCUUCUAAUCAAUACAAACUCGUAUUCUCAGUUUUGGAAGCUACAGACACAGCGGUACAGAUGCGGAAUACACUUGCUGGCAUCCAUUCAACGGACCUGGUGGUGUAUUAGCACAUGCGUAUUACCCUCAAGACGGAAGAGCCCAUUUUGAUGAAGACGAAACAUUCACCCACAAUACCCCGUCUGGCACCAAUCUCUUGUGGGUUGCAGUACACGAGUUUGGACAUUCUUUAGGCCUUGCUCAUUCAAACGUCCGCCACGCAGUGAUGUACCCUUACUACACAGGUUAUGUUCCAGACAUGAACCUCCAUUCUGAUGAUAUCGCUGGUAUACAAUACUUAUACGGUGAGAGACAAGUGAACGCCCAUGAUAGGAGUGUAGUGUGACAGAUCUCUUCAUAAAAUUAUUAAGAAACUAUAAAUUUUACAUAGACCUAAAACAAAUAGCCCCCAAUUCAAAACAGGAAAAGCAACAUAGUUACGUCCUAGGCUUUUGUUGUCGUUGUUGUUGUUUUGUUUUGUUUUGUUUUGUUUUUUGUUGUUGUUGUUGUUGUUGUUUUUUUGUUUUUUUUUCAUAAAAAAAGAACCCCAAAGCACACAAAGCAAGUCUUUAAUUUACUGCAGCUCAUUGCUAUCUUUGACGUCACCUAGUAUCUUUUUAAAGUAAUAAAAAAACAAUUCUCCAAUGUCUACAUAAAGUAAGUAAAGUGUUUUGGAAAUUGCGCCCAAGGGACUGAGAAUUGCAAAAUCAACACCCGCUUCAUUGCUGUGGUCUAAUUUACCCUCAAAGGCCAAAGUUACUGAACAAUUAGCGCGAAGAAAAAAAAAACAUUCAGUUGCUGUAAAAAUAAUGAUAAUGAUAAUGAUUGAUAGUGACAAUGACAAAGAAAAUGAUUUAAAUGGUGAUGAUAAUGAUCAUGAAAACGAAAAUAAUAAUGACAAUGAGCAAUGACAAUGACGACGAUGACGAUAACGAUAACGAUGAUGACGAAGAAGACGAUAAUGAUAACGAUGACGAUGACGAUGACGACGAAGAAGACGAUAAUGAUAACGAUGACCAUGACAACGAUAAUGAUAACGUGAAAGGUUUGAACCCAAAUUAGGUUGAGUUUGAUCGUCCGUGUGAACGAAGUCAUGAAUAGGACUGUUGUUGUUGUUGACAGUGACUGACAGCGACAACCUGUGCGGUAGUCAUCUUCAGAGUCAAAGUGAGUUGUAUCACGUCAGUUGAUGGUAUUAUACUAUGGUUAUUGACCUGAAUGGUCAGCUAAGUCGCGAUGUUAUUGGUCGUCUGUCAGUUAAGUCGUGAUAGGUCACUGAUCAGUCACGAAGAGCACAAGGUUACAGAAAUCCGUCACGGAAAUCGCGCCAAAAUCACCCUUCUCGUGUGUGAACAGAAGCCCUAUUUUGUAUGGUUUCGUGCAGGCGCAAAAGCUCUCUGUUUAAACUCGAAAUUGCGAGAAAGGGUCUCAUCAUGGCUUUACUGACCGACGACCAAUAUCAUCGCGAAGUAAUUGGCCAAUCAGGUAAAUAACCAGAGUAUUAUAUGAUUAAUACAACGUGAUACAACUCACUUUGACUCGGAAGAUGACUACCGCACGGGUUGUCGAAACGUCAGUCACUGUCAACAACAACAGUCCUAUUCAGGACUACUUUAAAUUCUCCCGGACGAUCAAACUCAACCUACUUCUGAUAAUGAUAAUGAUAAUGAUUUUUUUAAAUGUAUUCAUUAUAGGUCCUAACACUGGAGGUGGUGGUGCACACACUUCCACUCCUACACAAGCUCCCACCCAAGCUCCCACCCAAGCUCCUACCCAUGCUCCCACUCCUGCUCCACCCACGACCACGGGACCAGGCAAGUAUAUUUAAACAUGCAAAGAAAUAGGCAUCCAGGUAGGGUUAGACCUUAUGACCUUGGAGGAUCAUAGUAUUCAACUCAUAGUUAUCACUUCUUAGCUCAUCUCUUUUUAACUAGCAGCAGGUUGCAGUCUGUAUCUAUUAAUCAGUUAAUGUAACUUGUUUGAACCCAGGACUGUCAUGCCCAGCUGACUGAAUUCCUAAGACAGCGUGCAUCCGCAAUAUGACGACAACAAUAAAGUGAUUUCUUUUCCCUUUUUCGCAAUGGCAAAGCAAUGGAUUAUAAGCCGGCAUGUCUAACUGCAUCACGUAUCACAAUCCUUUCCCCGAUAUUACUAACAUAUACCAAAUUCAAUUUAGGUUGAUCUGGCAAAUGAUCGUUGGUAAUUACGCAUUUGUGCACAGGAAAUCAUCGCACUGCUUUCCUCGAGUGACCACCAAACAGUAGCUUCCCAGUACACAAUUCCCAAUGCCCGAAGCAACCUUCAUUGAAUCGGAUAUUUUUUCCAAGAAUUAGCCAAAACGGUGACGUUACUGUUUGUCCCCUCCAGGGGGUCAAAACAAUUCCCGGAAAAAUGGGACCUAAUUUAAGCGGAAUCUAAAACCUGAGAGCUCAAUACAAACACAUAAGUCUCCCUAAACCGCUUUUCUAAAUAGUACUCUAAGUUUAUUAUUAACAGAUGAUUUGUUUCUCCUCGAGCUGGGCAUUCACGCACUUCGUGAAUUUAAGCUGUCAUAAUAGCGGUACCCUAUCUAAGGAUCACACCGGGUACAGAACGCUAACAAGGUCAAAAAACGUUAACCUAUUCAAGGAUCGAGACCCUCAAAACCAUAACCUAUAGGGCGGCACAUACCUUAUACCCCAUAUAUAUGGGCGUAUCCCCGUGACUGUUUGACGCCUAGGGUAAAUAUAAAGUAACUGUAACAUAGAAAGUACUGUAACACCGUAAGAAACUAAGACGUGCAGAACUUGUUCCAUGUGAGGUACUGUAACACAUAACAAACACCAAAACAUGCAGAGCUUGUUCCAUGUGUGUGAAAUAACCGCAAAUGCUUCUGAAAGAUUUUCAUAUACAUGCUUUCUUUUUGAGUUAGGGAGCUGCAAUGACCGUUCAACUUCCUCGGAUUGCCAGGGAUGGAAGGAAGCUGGUUUUUGCACGCAUCCUGAUCAUAAACCCGCAUUGGUAUAUUGGUGCCCUAAGACCUGUUUCAACUGUAAG